ACCCUAGUGCUUCCAGGAACCCCCAACGUCAGAAGGAUGAAGACGAUAACGGGGGGAGUUAUUUCUUCAACGCCGGCCUCUCUCUCCAAGGCGGCCAAAGUCGUCUCCAAUUUCUCCGCCAUUGAAAGCUUUGCUUCACAAGUUAUCAGCGCCUACAUUCGACGCGCCGCUGUGUCAUUCAACGAGUUGAAUCAGAUUCACCGGGAAAUUGAAAAAUCGUCGAAAUCUGAGAAAAAGCAUAAGAAAUGGAAAUGCGACAGCACCGUUAUGGGUACUGAGGAAUUCGGGUGUGCAAAUCAUGAGAGAAAGAAGCAUUCGAAGAAACACAAGCAUGAGAAAGGCGGUGCUUUUGAGGGCGAAAUGACCGUUGAGGAUGGGGAGAAACCAACUCGCGGUGAGUUAAUUGAGGAAGUGGGUGAGAAAAGGAAGCAUAAGGUUGAUGGAAAAAUUGGCAAUUUUGAUGAAGAGGGGAGAGAAAUUAAUGGAGAAACUGGAGGUAAAGUGAGAAGUAAGGAAGGAAAGAAAGAGGAGAGAAAGAAGAAGACGAAUGAGGAGAUUCAAGAAAGCAAUUCUUCAGAGCAGCAGAGUAGGAAGAAGAAGAAGAAGAAGAAGAAGAAGAGAAAAAGUGAAGGGGAUAGUUAAUUGAUCAUAGACCUGGUUAGCCUUUUAGCAGUUUUUGCUGUAUUGUUUUGAAGUAAUUUCCAUUUUUUCUUUGGAUUAGAGUUACAUUGUAAUGAUGAGGAAAAUUGUCAUUGUUGUGACUCAUAUUCAGUUACUCAUUGCAAUUAAAUCUAUUUAUUUUUU